AUACUGCUUGACAGUCUUGACAGAUCCUGAUAUAGGCUGCUCAUUAGCAAAUUAGACUGUUCGCCGCAAUUAAAUUACAACGCGCAAAAGAGCGAAUCAGUAGUGAGGGCUUGUUUUUGCUUUCCAGUGGCGGAUUUCUUGAUGCCUCCCAAGAAAUCGCGCGCGAGAGUGAGGAAAUACCCGUGCUCUUAUCUGAAUUAUGACAUUAAGUUUUUCGUCCUUUUCCAUCAAAGACAUCCUCACCGGACUCGAUGCCAACGGCAAGCCGGGAACCGCGGGGGAGUUCUGCGAAACAAAGGCGAACAACACGCGCACCGGCUAUGGUGGCAGGGAUGGCAACCAGGUCUACCCGGAGACACUUCCCACACAUCCCCGCGUUAUAAGCGCCCAAUCGGAGGUUUCUACAGAGGAGGACACAGGAGAAGAGUCAGAGCUCAUAGAAGUCGCUGCAGAUGACCAGGAGCAGUGUGAGGAGCAGGGCGAACAGCAGAAAAGACUGCAGUGCGAGAGUGCAGAGGAGGAGGGAUGUAACCGCGGCGGGGAGACCUCCAGCUGUUCGCCGGACGCGCAGCAGUGCAGGCCCGGUGCAAAGAAGCGCACCAGGUCGGCCUUCUCUCACGCUCAAGUCCACGAGCUGGAGCGCCGUUUUAGCAAUCAAAGGUACCUUUCUGGUGCCGAACGGGCCGAUCUGGCAGGAGCCUUGAAGCUUACAGAGACCCAGGUGAAAAUCUGGUUCCAGAACCGGAGAUAUAAAACCAAACGUCGCCAGAUGGCGACCGAAAUGGUCGUAUGCAGCUCCCCAAAGAAAGUGGCUGUAAAAGUUCUGGUGCGGGACGAUCAAAAGCAAUACCACCAAGGGAUUGGAGUACAUAUCCCCAUGACUGUGCCACUGUACCGGGGCUAUCAGUACUACCCGUACCUGCACUACUACUACCACCAACCCUGGAACAUGGACAUGUUUUGUGGAGGGAUGCUUUGAGGCUCCGAAGCAAAGAAGCAGAACUGUUUUCAACAAGUGUCGCCUCAAAUGCAAGCGUUCUGCUCUUUAGGAGGUUUCUGCUGACUCGAUGGAUUUUACGAUGUAAUUGGACAUUUUAUACAGAAAAUCCUCCAUUUUUAAAUCGGAAUAAGUAAUGUAGUUUAAUAUUUUGUCAGUUUCAUAUUGUGUAACUAUUUGCAAGUUAGAAAAAAAUUUUUUUAAAGGGAAAUACUACUGAUUUCUUCAAACCUCUUAUGUGACAGGUAUAUCUUUG